CCCCGCAUUGCCAAGACCACAACGCAUCGAACCCCCUUGGAUCCUGGGCUGAAGCUGGCGAUCACCUUGAGGUUCUUGGCGACCGGAAGCAGCUAUCAUGAUCUGGCGUUCGCGUUUCGUGUCCCACACAACACCAUCUCUCUGUUCGUCCCCGAGGUCUGUCAGGCCAUCUACGACGAAUACGAGGACGAGAUGUGGGCCACUCCCCAGACAGAAGAUGAGUGGCGCCCGGUAGCCGAGGGAUUCGGAGACAGAUGGAACUUUCCCCACUGUUGUGGCGCGAUCGAUGGGAAACAUGUCGCCAUCAAGAAGCCCCCAAGAGCGGCUCACUUUACUACAACUACAAAGGCUUCUUUUCCAUCGUCAUGCUUGCAGUGGUAAACUCUGACUACAAGUUCAUCUGGGCGGAUGUGGGGUCACCAGGGUCGUAUUCCGACGCCGGCAUCUUUAACCGGUCGCGACUGGAGCCAGGUCUGCGUGAGGGAACGAUCGGACUACCCCAGCCGGAUCCCCUACCAAAUGACGACCAGGACACACCCUACUACAUGGUCGGAGACGACGCCUUCCCCCUACGGCCAUACAUGAUGAAGCCUUACCCUCAUCGGCACCUGAAACGGGACGAGCGGAUCUACAACUACCGGUGUUCCAGGGCACGCCGUGUGGUUGAAAACGCGUUUGGUAUAUUCGCCAAUCGCUUCAGAUGUCUGCUAACAACCCUGGGAUUGAGACCGUCGAAAGUUACCAAGAUCGUCAAGGCCUGCAUGACCCUUCACAACCUCAUGAGGACUCGUUACCCCAACCUUCAGAAUGCUGACCUCGACCGGGAAGAUGAGCAGGGUCAGAUCAUCGCGGGUGCAUGGCGAGACCAAGCCGUGCUCGAAGAUGUGCAAGCAGCAGGGCACGGGCCAAGAUUGACCCGACCAGGCAAAGAACUGCGCGCAUACCUCAAGAAUUACUUUUGCAGUCCUGCCGGGAGUGUGCCAUGGCAAGAUGUGGCAAUAAACCAGCAGUAACUUGUGUCUAAUAUUGUUACAGUAUACCGGAUGCAGCCACAGACAUUCCAUUAUUCUUCUCAGGACUUAACGCAUUUUUGAUGUGUUAUACUUUCCAUUAUUCAGUAUGUUGUUUGCAAAUAAAUCUGUUAUUGGGUAAUCUUAAAACAUUGCCUUUGCUCUUUUUAAUUUGAACACUAGUAA